CGCUUAAUUGAAACCAAAUUAGUUCCGACUACCUACUCGAGCUAAACAAACAAAUGUCGCUGAAAAUCGGUUUAAUAACGCUGCUCUGCCUAACAGUGGCAUUGGUGACGUGCAGUGCUGAACGCGUACGUUAUGACAAUUAUCGGGUGUACAAGGUGCAAGCAACCGAUCGCCAAGGUCUGGAAGUGCUCAAACAACUGCAAGACUCAGGCGAUGCGCUAAACUUCUUAGACGACGUGUAUAAAGUGGAGAAGGCGGUGAAUAUUGUAGUUCCGCCACAUAAGGUGCCCGAUUUUUUGCGCACUUUGACCAGCCAUGAGAUCACAUACGACCUGUUGGAGCAGAACUUGCAAAAUGCCAUAGACAAAGACUACGCGCAGGUUGCGACACGCGCUACCAAGGAUCGUUGGACAAAAUAUCAAACGUUGAAUGACAACUAUAACUGGUUGAUCAAAUUGCCGAAAGCAUAUCCGGGUGUGGUAACACUAAUUGAAGGUGGCAAAUCGUAUGAGAAACGUUCGAUUUUAGGUGUUAAGAUCGCCUAUCAGAAUGGACAAAAGCAGAAACCGGGUAUUUUCUUGGAAGCCGGUAUACAUGCACGCGAAUGGAUUGCGCCCGCCACAGCAACAUAUAUUAUCAACGAGCUGUUGACCAGCAAUAAUACGGAAAUUCGCGAUUUAGCAGAGAACUACGUUUGGUACAUCUUUCCGCAUGCCAAUCCUGAUGGUUAUGUCUACACUCACACUACCGAUCGUAUGUGGCGUAAGACGCGUCAACCGUACGGCAGUUGCGUCGGCGCAGAUCCCAAUCGUAAUUGGGAUGCUUAUUGGAAUACCGUAGGCGCUAGCAGUAAUCCCUGCGAUAACAGAUUUGCCGGACGUGCACCGAACUCGGAAAUUGAAGUCAAAUCACUGUCCAACUAUAUCACAUCGUUGAAGGAUAAAAUCCAAUUGUAUCUCUCCUUCCACUCAUUCUCGCAGUAUUUGCUCUAUCCUAAUGGACAUACCGCCGAACUGCCCGAUAACGUUAAACACUAUCAACAAGUUUACAGUGCGACCGUAAAGGCGAUAAGUAAACGUUAUGAAACUGUCUACACUGGCGGUAAUAUUUAUGAUGCCAUUUACCCCGCAGCGGGUUCAAGUGUGGAUUUCGCUUACACCAAGUUGGGCAUACGCAUGGCUUUCUGCUUUGAGUUGCGUCCGAAUGGCAGCUUCAAUGGUAAUGGCAUGGAAUUGCCCGCCGAACAAAUAAAACCAACUGCUGAGGAGCUUGUCGACGGUUUGGUGGCCAUGGUGGCGGAAGUCAAGUCUUUGGGUUAUUUCGGAAAGUACUUAAAUGAAGAAGAAGUGUAUUAUUUGUAAAACGGAGAGCGUAAAUAAAUGAUGAUGGUUAAUGAAAUAUUUUCCCAUCUAAUAUUUA